AAGUUUUAUUCUGAAAGGCUCAAACGGAAAUGUCCAUCGCGCAGUGUGACUUGACUUCGCAGCGCGCUGAAGAACUUGGAUCAAGAGCCACAAGGGGAGCCGCGAAAGUCCAGUGUUCUUUUCGGGCGUACUCUGAGAAGCAAUCGGAUCGAUCACCGGGAGACAAUUUUUUUUCAUUCGUUCGUUCGUUCCGGUGCUGUGCGCUCGGCAUGCUACGCUUGUGCCCGUCGGCGUUGCUUCGCUCUGCUGCAGCGGCGGUUCGGUCGCGGAGGUUCCCGGGCGGAGCCGCGAGCCAGUGGUCAGGACGACUGCUUGGAACUCACAGCCGCAUGGAGCCCAGGGAGCCGCUCAACUCGCCGAAGCGGGCCAAAGAGUUCAUCUACCGGCUUCAGGCCCCCGAGAGGGCCUGUUUACUCAAGGAGCUCCAGAACUUCGAAUCCGUCGCUAUCGCUCAAGAAACGUUAGAACCUUCACCACCCACCGCGGCUCAGAUCAGACACGUUUUAUUCCACAACACUCUUCCCUUCAUCGGCUUUGGUUUCCUGGACAAUGCCAUCAUGAUCUCAGCUGGGACGCAGAUUGAGCUUUCCAUCGGAAUCACGCUGGGAAUCUCCACCAUGGCUGCUGCCGCCUGGGGGAACAUGGUUUCCGACCUGGCGGGUCUCGGCUUGGCGGGUUACGUGGAGGCGCUGGCGUCCAGGCUGGGCAUGCAGGUGCCGGAUCUGACGCCCAAGCAGGCCGACAUGUGGCAGACCAGGCUGAGCUCGCACAUGGGCAAAGCCAUCGGCAUCGUCAUCGGCUGCCUCUUGGGAAUGUUCCCGCUUUGGUUCACCAGUGACGACGACGGCAAGAAGGCCAAAUCGGACAAGGCGGCGGCGUCCUAACACAAAAAGCGUCCGGUCACCGUUCGCUGGUGCUGCCUUGCAAAGACCUGGAGAGUUUCCAGGAAAAAAAAUAUCUGGAUUUCCAAAUUUUCCAAAGUGGAAACCUUCAAUGGGAAUUUAGGGUAAUUGAAAGUCAUUUAAGGGAACGGUGUCAUAUUCAAGCACAAAUGUAAAAGAAUUGAGUGUGUGUGACAAAAGAGGACAUCCAUGCAAAGAAGAUAUGGACUCACCUUGCAUAAAAAAAAAAAUCUCCAGGAGGAAAAAAAAAAUCGCAACUCGGACAUUUCAUUUUUUUCCCCCCAUGAAAGAAAAAAAACCCUGUAAAAGUGGGGGAUUCAGCUCCAAACAUCGCAAAUGAGAUGUGGUUUAGCGAAGCAUGACUGAAGCUUCGCUCCACCCCCCCCUUUCCAAAACAUGUUAGCAACAUUGUAAAUCCUCAUUUUUUUUGCUCAGAAAGUCUGCCACUUGGAAAAAUUCUGGGAAUUUUUGCAACCCUACCAGGGGCGAGGGUGGCGUGGCCGCAGCACAAUCAAACAGGAAGUGGCAUUCACGCUCCUCACUUCCUGUCCGACACUAGCAGCCGACUGGCUGCCAUCUGUCAAGUUGAACCACUAUCUCCAGUUUCUUUUUAAACUAGCAAAUUUGGGGGUGGUUGUUGUCUUUCAACCUCUUAAAAAAAAAAAAAAGAGGGUGGGGGUGAUGGGAGGAUAACACAGUCCCAGACAUGACAAGUGGUGGAAAAAGCUACACCUAAUAAAAAAUACAAUCAUGUCCAAAAUGAUUGGCGCAGCCAUUUUUCUUCAGUUUUGUUUGGAUCAACAUCCCGUGUUGCCUUUUCUGUCUCUUAGUCACGUGAUACAACUUUUGUGUCGGGGAAGGCAUCUGCGUAAAAUUCCUCCAAAGUUGGCCAGGUUCAUCCUACGGGGUCAAAGCCACAUAAAUGUUAUUUUGUUUUGAUUUUUUUAAUUACACGGACAACACUGUUGUUGUUUUUUUUGUACCUCUGUGUCAUGAAUGUGUUUGAAUAAAUUAUUUUUUAGGAGAGUA